ACCACCCACCGACCCACCGACUCUGUCCCGCCGCCGGUGGCGGGGCGCGCCUGCGCAGGACGGCGGCGGCGGCAUGGGGCGGGAGGCGCUGGCGGUGUGGGCGCUGUUGUGGUGGCUGGAGCCCGCCGCGGCGGCCGGUCCCGCAGAUGCCAAAUGGAAACCAAUAACAGACCAAAUUAAGAAAGCUGUGGAAGUCUAUAAGCCAUGUGUAAAGGAGAAUUGCAGCUGCCACCAAAGUGUCUGGAAGCAGGACCUGGCUCCUUUUCGAGGUGGCAUUUCCAAGGAAAUAAUGUCAGAUGUGGUGAGCCGGAAGCUUGGGACACACUACCAAAUUAUUAAGAACAAAUUGUACCGUGAGCAGGACUGCUUGUUCCCUGCAAGAUGCAGUGGAGUCGAGCACUUCCUUCUGGAGAUCAUCAGCCGCCUCCCUGACAUGGAAAUGGUGAUCAAUGUGCGAGACUACCCCCAAGUCCCCACGUGGAUGAAACCCAUUAUCCCUGUCUUCUCCUUCAGUAAGACACCUGAUUACAAUGACAUCAUGUAUCCUGCCUGGACGUUUUGGGAAGGAGGACCAGCUGUUUGGCCAAUUUACCCAACAGGUUUAGGGCGCUGGGACCUCAUGAGAGAGGACCUCAGAAGAUCUGCAGAAAAAUGGCCAUGGAGGAAAAAAAUCUCUAAAGGAUAUUUCCGAGGAUCCAGAACGAGCCCUGAGAGAGAUCCCCUCAUUCUGCUGUCCCGAGAAAACCCAGAACUUGUUGAUGCUGAGUACACCAAAAACCAGGCUUGGAAAUCUGAAAAGGACACAUUAGGAAAGCCUCCUGCAAAGGAAAUUCCCCUGGUUGAUCACUGCAAAUACAAGUACCUGUUUAAUUUCCGGGGAGUGGCUGCCAGUUUCCGAUUGAAACACCUUUUCUUGUGUGGUUCGCUUGUCUUUCACGUUGGAGAAGAGUGGUUGGAAUUCUUCUACCCGCAGCUGAAGCCUUGGGUCCACUACAUCCCAGUCAGAUCCGACCUCUCUGAUGUCAGGGAGCUGUUGCAGUUUGUAAAGGAAAAUGAUGCCAUAGCACAAGAAAUUUCAGAGAGGGGACGCCAGUUCAUCACCGAGCACUUGCAGAUGGAGGAUGUCUCCUGCUACUGGGAGCAUCUGCUGUCUGAGUAUUCCCAAGCCUUGACUUACAAAGUGAAAAGGAAGAAGAGCUACAGUGAGAUUGCUCCUGAACGGCUGAAAACGGAACUGUAGAGACUUCUCUGUUGCUUCUUUAGCUCAGCCUGAUCUCUCUGGAAAUCUGAAGAGCAGUGUAUCUUCUUUCUUGUUCUCUCAGACUUCUUAUUCUUUACCCUAGAACUGCAGAGAGCAGCAGUAGGCUGCUAAAAUCACUCCCAUACAGCGGGACCCCAUCAUGCUGUUGCCAUAAGAACGUUUAGCGCAAUGUUGGAUGAUGAUAGCUAUGGAAUGGGGUGGUUAUGGUCAGGUCUGGAAGAGGCUUGUUAGCAUUUGGGACUUAGUUACCUGCCUCGGAAUGAUCCUAAAGCCCAUGCAGUCGUGAGAAGCCUUUCUGUGAGUUUUACUGGACUUUUUACCAAGUCCUCUGUACUUGUGGGCAAGGCAACAACCGUCAGUGACACUCAGCUGGGAGAUACCUGCCCCUUUCUUUGGCAAGUGGUCAAUGUUUUCUCAUCUGUGAGGGUAUUAAUACUCAGGGUAUUAGGUGUUCUCUGACAAAAGCAGGUACUGGGAUUUGGGUUCACCUUUUUAUAUAGCUUAGAGCUUAACGUUUAUGUCAGGUUUGAGAGGUUGAUGGUGUCGUGAUUUAAGCCCAGCUGGUAACUCAGCACCAUGCAGCUGUUUGCUCACUCCCCCUCCUUCUUCCCGCCCCUCUCUGGGCAGGAUGGGGAGGAGAAUUGAAAGAAUAUAAACCCCACGGGUUGAGAUAAAAACAGUCUAAUAACUGAAAUAUGAUAUAAAACUACUACUACUAAUGAUAAGGGAAAUAACAAGGGGAGAGGAUACAAUUGCUCACCACCCGCCGACCAAUACUCAGCCCGACCCGAGCAGUGAUCUGAGCCUUCUGGGUGACUCCCCCCAGUUUCUAUACUGGCCAUGACGUGCUGUGGUAUGGAAUACCCCUUUGGCUAGUUUGGGUCAGGUGUCCUGGCUCUGCUUCCUCCUGGCUUCCUGUGCCCCUCCUCACUGGCAGAGCAUGAGGCUGAAAAGUCCUUGAUCAGGAUGAGUGCUACUGAGCAACAACUAAACCAUCGGUGUGUUAUCACCACUGUGCCCAGACUAAAGCCAAAACCCAGCACUGCACCAGCUACUAGGAAGGAGAAAAAUGGCUGUUACAGCUGAGCCCAGGACAGAUGGCAAGGCUUUGACGUGCUGUGGAAGGGACAAGUGAUCCCUGGACAGUUAAACUACCUACCUCAUAGGGGAGCAGCCAGUGAUGGUGAUGCUACACAGUGCUAAGCCUGAGUAGCACAGUCAAGUGGUUGGCAACUGAGAUAAAGAUGGUUUGUCCUCCAGCAGAUGAGCUGGAUGCUCACACAGCCAUGCAGAACUGAGCCCCUUGAGCAAGUUCCCACUGGUUGGCUGGCCUUAAGAAGGCCAGCAUCCAAGGACCCUGAAGAAGCCAGAGAAAGGAUACGCAGAGGUGGAUUCAGCUCUUUUUUCCAGGUGUUCACAGGUUCUCUGCGCUGAUCCCUUCUGUAAUCUUUGUAGGGUUGCUUUUUGGGUGGGUUUUGUUUGUUGGUUGGGUUUUUGAGGCUGGUAGCAAACGUGCUCACUUCAGUAUUUGCUUUUCUUCCCCACAGCUGUUACCCUCCUUUUCUCCUCUCCUUCAGUCUGGUUGAGGGAAUGUCUCCAGUCGCACAGUGGCAGCUACUCCUCACAACUCAUUUUGCUUUCAGUCACAGAUGGCUUGCACGCACUGUAUUUAUGUCCAGUGCAGUCUCUGGAAUUCUCUGUGGCCCCUGAGUUCAAGGGCCUGGGAGGAAGCAGCAUCUUCUCUGGCAUCCAGGCAGGUGCUCACAAGAGCAUGGGCAGCAGCAUGGGCUUGCAGGAGGGCUGCUUCCUCCCAGGUGAGCACCUUUGGUAAAGUGGACUCAAGGCUCAAGAAGCAGCAUGUUAACAGAAGAGAGUGACAGCCACGGCUCACAGCUUCCUCUGCAGUCAGUUUGGAUCAGGGGAGAAGAACACGCUCCAAGGAACAGUAACGCCAAGCACACCUGCACAGGUAUGUGCUCACACAGCGAGAGCCCUCGCAGCACUGCCAGGCCCCAGUGCAAGGGUUUAACUGCUCCGGUGUUGGUUCGUCAGGGUACUAGAAUAGCCUGGUGUCUGAGGAAAAGAACUGUGCGAGAGUGGAAAGGGCUUUCUGGCCUUGUGUUUUUAAUCACUGGAGAGACAGAAUCACAGGAUACAGGUUGGAAGGGACCUCCAGGAUCAUCUGGCCCAGCCUUUCUAGGCAAAGCAUGACCUAGAUGAGAUGUCCCAGCACCCUGUCCAGCUGAAUCUUAAAAGUGUCCGGUGCUGGGGAGUCCAUCACUUCACUGGGGCCGUUAUUCCAGACAGCAUUGUGAAACGGCUAUGUAUGAUAUUUUUAAUCCUUUUUUAAUGAAUAAAAAAAAGUUUUGUUGGAUGUAUCGUUA